GCCAGGAUCACACCCAGUAAGACACCUCAUGAAUAUGGUCUCCUUAUGGCGCUAUCCACCUCAGCCUGAGCUUAUAGAGACAAACACUGGCCUUCCAUCACCCAAAUACUUCCAACUCCAUCCCUUUUUCAUUUGGAAACCUGAGCACAGUAUAAUGGAAAGGCUUAGGAACAAUUACAUCCUGCCUUGUCUUUACAGAUGUCAAAAUCCAAACGUUGUGUCCUCUGGUGUGGGAAGGCCCAGAGUGAUCCUUGGUAUUACUGGGCAAUUUUACAUCCUUGCUUCACGUCUGUGUUGUAAGGCAUGCAAAAGAUACUGGUUUGCUGAUAAACCUCAGUGGCCGGACAUUCUACCACAGCGAUUCAGAAACAUCUUGCCAGCCUUCCUCACCCAUAAGAAGGCAAUCUGUAAAACAGUGAUGGAUGAACUGAGGCGCUCUGGAAAAUCCCCUAAUGACAUGGCCAACCAGCUGUCUGAGGUGCUUCACCUUAAAUUUGAAAGAGCACAUCUGGCUUACCUUCUCAGUGUGCAGAAUGUCAGGGAUGCUGAAGCAGGGCUGUAUGGUCAGAAAACCAUCACUGGGGCACUGAGGAAGGAUGACACACCUGCACCGUUUGGGGAUUACGGAGACACUGAUGGGUGGAAUGGGGUGUAUGUCUCUGCACACUAUUUAAUAGAGUGCCUCCUUCAUGAAUAUCAGCGGCAAGAAGCAGCUCUCACUCAGCUCCUACAAGGCACUUUUGGACAGGUGUUCAGGUCAGAUCACACACGCAAAGUUGCUAGAAAAGUGACCCUCUUAUCUGGCACGAUGUCAUCCUAUGCUGUGAUGAAUGAGAACUGGAUGAUUCUGUCCCGGGUGAUGCUGCAGAGUGAAAGUGAGCAGUCAUCGGAGUCAAUGUACUGUGGGCUAUCAAAUCGCUACAGUGCUGCUGGUAUUCCCAAGGCCAAGUACCAGUGGGUGGACAGGGACUGCUGUGCCGCUUUCAGAGUGAUGGACCCAGGACCUUAUGAGCACCAGCAGUGGGAAGCCUGGAGGACCACAGAAGCUACUGUGGCAGAGGUUACAUCAGGAAACCUCAAGAAUUUACAUGCCGCUUGCAGGAAGUUCAACGAGGACAUGGUUGUUAAACUGGACUUGUUUCACUGUAUGCGGCGGUUCACCAGGGAGUGUGUUUCGGAGCACCAUCCUCUGUAUGGCUCUUUCUGCCAGUUCAUCUCUUCUGCCUUCUCUGUAGUUGAUCAGGGUGACCUGGAGAAACUGAAGAACGCAUACAGAUUCUGUGGUAUCGAGCCUGCUAAUCCCACCAAGCUGCACAUCAGAGAGCAUUGUAGGACAAAAGUGCCACAUCCCAGAGAGCUGGUUCAAAGGGUGGAAGAAGUGUUACACCAUUUCUAUCUGGCAAAGGAUCCCAACAACAUCUUCAUUUUCAAACCCUCAAUGUUAAAAUUAUGGUGGAUUCAGCGUAUCCACAUCCUUAGAGGCUGCCUGAGUGAUCCUGAGGUGGAGGAAGGAAUCCUCUACAUAUAUGGUGGAACCCUACAGCUGAAUCAUGUCAAGGGUGAUGGAGCUGCUGUGCCCAUUUGGAUCCCUGUGAGAGGCACUUCACAGCAGGAGGGGUUUCAUUUCCACCAGGCUCAGUGGGUAACGGGCAAUCGUGUCUCUACUGAGUUGUUCCAGGCACAGGGUAAGACUGGUGUGGCACGCUGGAAUUAUCAGUGGCUGGUGGACCUGAAGCAGCCUGGGGUUGUCUUACCUGGAGUGUUUGACCCUGUUUUGAUGAUAGAGUUAAACAGGGCAUCUAUAAAAGUGACAGGGCAACCCAAAUAUCCAGCCUUGCACAUCUCCAGCAGGGACACAGGAGAGAGGUUGGGCCUGCAAUAUGUGGAGCCAGGUUGUCGACCUGUGCCUCUUGACUUUGACAAGCACAAAAGCAGGAAGACAGACCUAGGAGAUUUGGAGAUGCAAGAGGAGUCUUCAUCUGGCGUUCCGUUCUCAUUCCCAUCUCAGGAAUGCUUAAAGGAUACCUCUUCUGCUGAGACCCCUCUUGCUGCAGAACCAGAGGCUACCUCACAGGCUGUCAUUUUUCACCAGUUUCCUACACCAAGUGCUGUGACAGUGAAGGAACAAACAUCAGAGGAGUGUCUUUUAGUUGGAGAACUCCCAAGCACAUCACCACUGCCUGUAGCUGCUUCUCCCUGUUCUGCUCGCACUGGACCUAUUAAGACCGGUGGGCGAGUUUUUGUGUUAAACCAUAAUAGAUGGACGGAUCCAAUGAGAAAUAUCAUUAAUGUACUGGCACCUGCCCCAGUCAAUCCACCUGCAAAGGCUGUUCCUGAGGCUGUCCCUCUGGACCAGACAGCAUUCGAGAAGAUGGUGAAGGACAUCAUAGAGAAGCAGCAGGCAGUUCAGCAGCAACAACAAUUGCAGCGGGAACUGGAGGCCUCUAAGCAGAGAGGGACAGAAAGGAAGAGGGUCACUGAUGAGAGAAGCAAGCGAAAGUCAGCAGUGGAGCAUCCUACUGGUCGUCUGUGCAGAUUCUGCCACCUGCCACUGAAACAAGGACCCAACAGUCCUCAUAUUCACACUAGUUUACCUGGAGUGGCAGGCUCAGGGAAUGAGAGCAGAAAUGCCAUGGAGAGACUUUCAGCAGUCUCCAUUCUAUGA